GCCCAACGCCCAACACCCAACACCAACACCCAGCAUACCCGCUGCGAUGGCCAACUACGAACGAGAAGCCAUCGGCCACCUGCAGGAGGCCGUCAAAAAGGCAAACUACACAGGCUGGUUCGGCGGUAACAAGCUCGAUGAGGCGGCCGAGCUCUAUGCCAAAGCGGCCAACUCAUUCAAGCUUGCCAAGAAAUGGCAAGAGGCCGGCGAUGCUUACAUCUCCCAGGCCAACGUCAUGAAGAAGCUGAACGAAACCGACGAAGCUGCCAGCAGCUACCUGAACGCUUCGAAAUGCUACAAGAAAACAAACCCUCUAGAUGCAAUCAAUGCCCUCCAGAAGGCUGUCGAGAUUCUUGUCGAGCGCGGAAGGUUCCAGUCAGCUGCCUCGAAUCAGAAGCAGAUUGCCGAGAUUUACGAAAAUGAAAUCAUUGAUCCCGAGAAGACGCUCCACGCCUACGAACUGGCGGCCGACUGGUACACGACCGAGGAGUCGAAUGCCCAGGCGAAUGCCUGUUGGCUCAAGGUGGCCCACUAUGCUGCACAACUCGAGCAGUAUCAGAGGGCCAUCGAGAAGUUUGAGGCUGUGGCCGAGGCGAGCAAGGAUAACAGCCUGACCCGCUGGUCUCUCCGCACCUAUUUUUUGAAUGCUGGCAUCUGUCGCCUGUGCACUGGGGACCUUGUGGCCACCCAGGGCGCAAUCGAUCGGUACCUCCAGAUGGACACUACCUUUUCGACAGCCAGGGAGUACAGCUUCCUGAAGGCCCUGUUCGACGCAUGUGAGGCCAAUGACACCGAGGCUUUCACCGCAGCCAUCAUUGAUUUUGACAAAAUCACCAAGCUGGACCCCUGGAAAACCUCGCUGCUGCUCAAGGUGAAGAACAGCCUGGCCAACGACGAACAGGACUUUACGUAAUGCCUCACGCCGCAGCCCACCAUGUAACCACCGCACCAACGGACCACGGACACAGACGCCUGACCAGAGCUGCUCUCGAUUACGAUCGUCGCCUCUGCGCCUGUGCUGGCUUCGAUAGGUGCAUCUGUGCUGCUGCUCGACCGUGUUCACUGGCACAUUGUUGGAGCGGUGACAUAGCUGUGAAAUCCAGACCAUUUGUUCACAUCCAUGUGAGUGUCUGGGACGUCAGGGCUCUGGUGGCGGCGAUGUUGUCCAGCUUUUGAUUAUAGUAGAACUUCCGGGUGUGCGAAGC